AUGUUUGCCUCGUCGACUGCAUCCCAGUCCCCCAUCCAUCGGUCGCUUCCGCAGGCCUAUGCAGAGAUCUUGAACGACCUCAAUCAAAAAGUGAUUUCUGCCCAGCCCCAGGAUGUUCUCCAGUUUUGCGCCAACUACUUCAACGCAAAGCUGGAAGAACAACGCGUUCGCUUCUUGGCCACAGCCCGCACUGCUCCACAGCAGAACAGAGAUAUCCCCCAAUUCCUGCCAGCGGUUAUCCCCCCCUCUCUGUCCGUCUCGUCGCCCAACAUCGGUAGUGCCGCCACCCCUGCAGCGUCGAGUCCCGACCACUCGAUGGAGAGCGAAAGUGAGAGCGACGACGACGACGAGGACCAGGAAGACCCCAGCCCACUGCUGAUGAUGCCCCCCAACUACAUGCGUGGCCGUCGCACCUCUGUCAGUGCCGAGAGUAUGGUUCCCAGCCACCAGAACUAUGUCAAGACAGUCAUCCCCAAGACGGACGAACAGCGCCGACGUAUCGAGGUUUCGAUUUCCAACAACUUUUUGUUCAAGAAUCUGGACGAAGAUCAGCACGAGGAUGUGGUCAACGCCAUGACCGAGAAGCGCUUCCAGUGCAAGGACAAUGUGAUCGAGCAGGGUGCCGUCGGAGAUUUCUUUUACGUGGUGGAAACAGGAACGCUGGACGUCUUUGUUGCAAAACAUGGCAAUCCCGCCGAGAAGGUGUUUGAGUAUGGGCCAGGAGGAAGCUUUGGAGAACUCGCACUCAUGUACAACGGUCCUCGUGCCGCCACAGUGACAGCAACGUCAGAUGUGGUUCUCUGGGCUCUGGACCGUGUUACCUUCCGCCGAAUCCUCAUGGAGAACACCUCUCGCAAGAGGCGCAUGUACGAGGCCUUCCUGGAGACCGUCCCCCUUCUUGUAUCCUUGGAGCCCUACGAGCGUCACAAAAUUGCCGACGCAUUAGAGUCUGUGUACUUUACCGACGGCCAGGCGGUUGUGAAGCAAGGCGACCAAGGCGACAACUUUUUUAUUAUCGAAUCUGGAGAGGCUACCGUUACAAAGUGCAACGAUGAGGGUGUAGAGUUCCCCAUGCCAGGACUUGGACCCGGUCAAUACUUUGGAGAGCUGGCCCUUUUGAAUGACAUGCCACGAGCUGCGACCGUUCGGGCAAAAGGAAGGCUAAAGUGCGCGACCUUGGGCAAGCGUGCCUUUGUUCGUUUGCUUGGACCCGUUGUCGAGAUCAUCAAGCGGAACAGCGAUAAUUACCAAACAAUUGAGCAGCAGAUCCAACAACAGCAGCUUUUGCAGGAUCAGCAACAACAACAGCACCAGCAGCCACAGGCAACGGAAGCGGCCCCUCCUCAUCCCCAGGAAUAG